CUGAUGACAGAGACACAUCUUGACGCAGUUAGUAUUUUGGGUGAAGUAUUCGCCACCAACGAGGCCUUCGAUUUUGAAUCACAAUCUACAACACACAGGAUCAAUCGGUUGGUGCCCGUAAUGCUCGAGCAUCGUUUGACUCCUCCUCCUAAUGAGAGUUAUUCUCUGCAUCGUAAGCUAUCAGGAUGCUUUCUGCUCUGCAGCCGUCUUGGGUCGCGCAUAAAUUGUGCCCCUUUGUUCCAAGAAAUAUGGGAUGGCUAUAUUUUUGAUGGGCCUUCUUCGUCGGCUUACAACUCUUCUUGA